AUGCCGAACAAAUAUGUUGGAGGAAGUGGAGAAGCCACCGAAGGUUUUUAUUUUGUAUCUAGUAUUGAUAAAGGAGGUUUUUCUAUUACCGAGGCCAAAACUGGUCCUUACGACAAAAAAGUCAGCAAUUCUGUGCCUAAAAUGAUUAGACAUAGUUCAGAUGCUAAAAAAGAAGGCUUUCCAAAAAGACGACUAUGA